AUGAAUAUAUCAGAAGAGCUGCGACAAUACUUUGCCCAGACAGAGCGACACAGGCAGGAACUCAAGAAACAACAGCAGAUGGAGGCAGAGCAGCAGGACUCGUAUGUUCUAGCUGACCAAGACUUACAUAGAGUUUACUGGCGCAGCAGCCUGCCUCCUUCAGAGCGUCCUGGAGAAAGGAGGACCUCAGAGAUGAAGAAGCUGUAUGGUAAAGAUGCAGCAAAGAUUCAGGGGAUGGAAGCAGCCAUGCAGCUCACCGUUGACCACAGCUGUGACAAAAAACAGCCCAAGUUAUACCACUAA